GGUUUCCUGUGUGAUGGACCGUGGCGGGGGCUGUGGUGGUGGGGGAGAGCAGGACGACUGGACGGAGCACAAGGGUAGCUGGUCAGAGACAAAGUCUGGGUCCGGCUUCAACAGAGCACUUGUGGCGUUUGCUCAUGGGACUGUGUUGCUGAGGGUCGAAUGGAGAUCUUAAAAACCCCACUGACAAAGAAGUGGCCCCAGAAGAUGAGAGAGAGACACAACAAGCAGCCUGACUUUGGACUGUCACGGGGCAAACAAGGGGUAAAAAAAAAAACACUCACGACGAGACGCCGUACGAAGCCAUUUCCACUUUACCCUGUGAGCUUCUGUGAUUUACUGCCGAUUGGGUACUUGGGGACACUGAGGACCCAAGAUGUGUCCAAAAAAACAAACAAAUCUGAAGCUAAGAUGUACACUUCAGUUUGAUUUGACCUGACCGUGAACAGAAGUGUGAAAGGAGAAAUUAAAACAGGAAAACAAGCUUGUUUGCCUCUUGACUGAUCUUCAAAUAACACAAGCAAGCAUGUCCUCUGUGCUACUGUUUGGAUAUCAAGUCCUGAAUGUUCCCUGCAGAUGAGACAGUGGCUUACAGCAGGAGCAUGAUCAACUGCAUGCUAAUUCAUUUUGGUGGACGACACUCUCCCCAGAUGGCACCUUGCUGAAUAAAAUCAAAUAGAACAUCUGGAUGGAACGUCUGAAUCUUGCUUGAGUCUUGUUCUACUUCCUAUGAUGUCACAUAGGGAGACCGCUGACCCUCUGAGGAGUUUGGCAUGGCUAAUGACUGCAAACGUCAUUCUGCUCAUCAACAGCACCAUCAGUGGUAACAGCACAGGAGGAAACCCUUGUAGGCUUCACCCAAGCAAAACAUCUCUGAUGGAAUUAGGACAAACAUCAUGUUACAGUCUUCUGCCAGACUGGCAGUAUUCUCUGGCAUGGGGGCAAGAAAUUAGGGACUGACAGUCGCUCCUGGCCUGCGCCCCCAGCCCCACACCGAACAAGGAAGGGUCUUGUCUUUGGAUAGUCCCAGUAAAGCAACCCAGCCCCUCCCUCUCUCCCUCCUUCCCUCCCUCUCUCCCUCCUUCCCCUCUCUCUUCUCUCCUCUCCUCUCCGCUCUCGUCCAUGCUCCGCCUGCCCUGCGUGUGAGUGAACUACCAUCUGGCCCCGUCCUCCAUCCUCCUGCACCACUGCAGCCUCAGAGCUUCCCUUCCUCCUUACUUCACACCAGGGCUCUCCAACAGCACACUCGGACUGCAGCCGGUAAGAGCCUGCCCCUUCUCCAGUGCUGUGGAGAGUGGACUCAGUACCCUCUGCCAACCAGCUAUAGGCAGCCUUCGCCAGAGCUCCCGGGAAAGGAAAGAAAAAUCUCUGUCAUAUUAUACAAGCUAUCGAUCAGCGGCUGUCUGCAUAGCCCAUCCCUCCCUCCCUCCCUCCCUCGGCACUCGUCCUUUUCCCCUUCAUGCGCCUCCGUCCAUUAUUGGGCUUGGAGCAGCCACAGCAGAGCUGAUGUCUGACGCAGGGCCUGCCAGCGAGAGGAUGGGGACUACAGCAUGGGACCAUCACAACACAAGAUGAGUGUUUGUGAUGACCUGGAUGCGUCUGAGUGCCGGACAGCCUCUCUGCCCGGCGGUGGACUUCCUGGGGGUGUGGUCGGGAUGGAGCGGGCCUAUCCGCUGAGAGUGUGGAUGUGGGAGUCCACCCUGUGUGAGUUAAGGAGGGGCGUUGCCUCCUCCCCACACCUGUCAGACAGUGAGGUGUUAAUCCCAGUGGAAAAGGGACAGCAGAUUAGGCAUGUUAUCUCACAGCUAGAGACCCCUGCUUUGCCCAGAUGGUGUAAUAGACAUCAGUGGAGAUGGCUACAACAGGAGAGGAGAGCUUAUGUCCAUCUUCAAGAUCUCAGACGGGCCUGGGUCACCCCUGACCUGCACAAGAGCCUGAGCUGUAAAUGGCACCCAGCGUCCAUCCCCGCACCUCACUUGGGCCUGUGUGGUCAUGAUUGGGUCAGAGGAGAGGUCAUGAUGUCCCCAGACGCUGUGGUACUGCCUUUGGAGGGUAUGGUGGAGGCCACCUGGCUGAACUGCCACAGAUGCGAGGUCCAUAAGAAUUUAAACUCUCCACCAAAUGACAUGGAUUUAAACCAAAUCUGGCAACCUUCUUUGAGAUGUGAGUCACUUGGAGCACAUGAGGAUGAUCAUAGAAUAGAAAAUAGACUUAUUAGUUACUUCACCAGAGCAAAUAGCAUUCCUAUCUUAUUCUUCAAAGUUCAGCCUAAUGUCUACUUUACAUGUGCCAAGGCUUCUGUAUGCAGAGUUCCAGCUCCUUAUUCUCCAGGCCACUGUGUACACAGUGUAUGCACCUCAGACCAUUGUGGUGCACUGCACAUUGCCAGACAUCCAAAGAACAGAGCUGAAUCUAGUUAUCCUUGGGAAGAAACAUUUCAAGAUUACAACCACAAUGACUGCUUGUUAAGGACAACAGUCGACCAUCCUUGUCAUCCAACGGCGACUUUAUCCACAAAAUCCUCCCCUGACUGUAUCAUCACACCUCAUGAUGCCUUCCUGAGGGUGCUGCCAACGGUUUCGCUUCCAGAAAGCUCUAUCCUUUGGCAUAGUUCUAGUGCAGAAUGGACGACAAUCGACAGCGACCCUCCCUUGGAGGUUGGAGCCGAAUUAGAUGCGGACACCUCUGGUGAACAGAUCAGCCAAUGUGCAGACAACGGCACGUCCAGCAGUGACAUCUCAGAGACUGAAGACUCAGACAGCGAUGACGCGGGCACAGACACAUCUGAUACCUCCUGUCAGCAUGAAUUCUCUGAUGGGCAUGAAUCACUGAGCGAGCGGACAGGAUAUUGGUGCCCACUGCCCAUCCUCAAGAGGUCUCGGGGAGUGGCACACCUGCAUGCCGUACCGUCUGCCUCAUCAGAGGAGCACAAUGCAACUCGUCUGAGGAAGAGAGUAUCCUUCUUCGAGGAGGUCACUGUCUUCAUUUUUGACAAGGAGGCACCUACCCAGGACUUAAAAACUCCAUGUAGCUCAGUGGACAUUCAGAGCCAAAAGUCGCAGGGCAUUCUGACUAUGUCCACCAGUGGACAUGCUGGUCACUUCUCAGCAGAGGAGAUCCACUGUGAUGAAGAUGAUCUGGAGUGGGAAGAUGACUUCUGCACAGCAUUGCCCUUGUUCCCUGUUCUGAUGGAGGCCAAUCGGUCCUCUUGGUCUCACAUCUCGGACACAUCGGAGCAUCCACGCGGCUCCGCCUGCUUUCGUCACGACUGGGUGAACUGCUCCACCUACACCUUCACCCACAUCACAGACUCGGACUUGGAGUGACGAGAAAAAAUUAGCAGGACUCACUCUUUGGCAUUCCAGUUUCUUCAUCAUAUGGAGUAGAGAAGCUGUUAAUGCAAUUAGCAAUGAAGUUUUUUUUUCUACAGAUAUUAAGAUGCCAUUUUUCUUUAUAGCAGUAAUGUAUUAACUCCCUAGUAGGAUGAGAUGAGGGCAUUAAAGUUAUUUUACAACAAUGUG